UUCAUUUUACCCCCUAAAAAAGAUUCAUCAUUCAGGUGGAACCGGACCUGGUUGCGGUGGAGUUUCUAUUGGUUUUGAGUGUUAUAACUGUGGCUCCGUUAAUUCACGUCGAGAACUUGUUCGGGUUGAGUUUGUUCGUUGACUUGAGUCAAUUACAAUAAUUGAUUUAUGUCAAUGACUUAAUGAAGUUUAUAGUUAAGUAUAUUCGAGUCGCGGGGAUAAUUGACGUACGAUAAUUGGGAUCUUUUAAUUUUUUAGCGAAAUAAUGAAGUCGACGCAAACUCAAGCGUAACAAUCGCGGUAAUUAACGAAUGGAGGCAAUUGAUACAUUUUUUGGCCCGCGGUGAUGUAUUAAAGAGCACUGACCACGAAAAUGGGACAUUCCGAAAAUUUAUUUAUAUUUUUACAGACAUUGCCGAAGGGUCCACCUCAUUUGGCUAUUCGGGGACAGAUGGAGAGACGGCGGCCACCGUUUCUCAGAGGCACUACGAAACCCCCUGAGCCAGGGAAAGGCGCCAGCAGGCUGGAGGCGAGCGGUGCAACCCCCCUGGAAACCCUAGGUAGCGAGGAAGACUUCUCCCCAGAUGGCCUGGCCCGUCAGAAUUAUGAGCUGCGUAGUCGCCUCGAGGAAGAGUCCAAUAACUACAAACGUCGUCUGAGCACCUACCGCCAGGCGCAGCAGCACCAGGCAGCCCUGGUAUCCCGUCUUCAAGCCAAAGUCCUUCAGUACAAACAGCGCUGCUCGGAGCUCGAGAGCCAAAUGGUCGAGUCUCUCCCCAUGUUGGAGACCACACGUGUACCCACAGUCUCUUCGACCAGCACAUCAGCCUUGGAAGCUGCCCACCAAACCCUCCGGGACAUACGAGAGGAGCAGAUCCAGGACUUGGACACAGCCCUCCGAAAGCUGUCGGAGGAACGUCGAAGAUCAGAAAAACUAAUUGAGCUUAAUGCAGCCUUGAAACACCAGCUGGAGGAGUCGGUUCGCACGAACGAGGCACUGACUAAUGAUCUGCAGAAGCUGGGGAACGACUGGGAAGUGCUACGGGAGGAAAUGAAUGUCAAAGAGGACGAGUGGAAGGAGGAGGAGAUGGCCUUCAACGAGUACUACACCUCUGAGCAUCACAGACUGUUGAACCUCUGGCGUGACGUCGUUGCUCUCAAGCGGGUGUUCUCUGAUAUGAAGUCCUCAACUGAACGAGACUUGACAAAAUUUCAGCACAAACUGACAGCAACGACAAACGACAUGACCUCAGCCUGUAGUGGAGUUAAACUCGCUCUUCAGAUCCAAGCGUCGGCAGUCCAGCCACCGCUCACCCAGCAGUUCCCGCAGUGUCACGAAUCAUCAGACCUGAAAUCCGAGAUGAUGAGCAUCAAGAACCAGUAUGACGUUGCACUGAAUGACAUCAGGAUGAAGGAUGAGAGGAUAAAUCAAUUGAUUCGAGAGAUUCAUAAUCUUGAGGAGAGGUGUGGUGAGGCUGAGGCCAAUGUCGGUCAGGCAAGUAGAAUUCAGGAGGACAUGGAGAUUCUGGAGGCUGCACUGAGGGAUAUUGCACACGCUGUCAUCCAGGAUGCUGAGAGCAGAGAGGCUGAGAAUAUUCAGGGCCAGCAUGUUCAUCUGUCCCAGAGUGCACCAAUACCUCAGAAGUCCCCGAAGCGAUCUACCAGAAGUAACACAAUCCCAGCGUUUGCUGAGAGCACCAUUAGCGCUGUCCAGGCAUCUCUUCACAAGUAUCAACUGACGAUUCACGAGCUCCAAGUGAAGCUUCAGACUAGUCGAGAGCAGCUGGCACUGACGAAGAAGCAGUGUGACUCUGCUGAAGAAAAUGUUCAGAUACUUGAGGAGCGGAGCACUGAGCUGAUUGUUCAGUUGGACAAUUGCAGGGUCCAGUGUGCUCAGCUCGUUCAGGAGCGUGACAUGCUGCAGAAGAGUCUUGAUCAGAUACGAGGAGAUAAGAAUGUCCUGGAGAAGAGUAAAAUUGAAAUGAAUCAUACCAUCGAGGAGCUGAAUAACGAUUACGAAAAACUUCAGAAGAUUAAUGGCAAGCUCCAGAAGUGCUGCGACAGUUUGGAGGACGACAAGUUGUAUCUCCAGAGUGAACUGGACAGGAUGAGUAAAGACAGUGAACUGAGGGAGAUGAGUUUCAGGGCCGAAGAGGAGCGCUGUAGCAGGAUGAGGGAGGAACUACUGACGGUCAGGGAGGAGCUCAAUCGGACGUAUCUGUCUCGAGACAUGUUGGAGCAGCAGAAAUUGGAGGGGGAGAAUUUACUUGCAGUUAUUGAAAAGAACAAGGGUGAUGUGGAGCUGGAGCUCGAGAAGAUACUCCUGGAGAAGUCAGAUCUUCAGGAUGAACUGAUGAAGAUGGAGGCUAUCUGUGGAAAUCAUGAGAAGGACAAGCAGAGACUUGUUGAUGAUGUGAAACGCCUGGAGGAAGACAGGGCCAAGUUGAUGAACCAGUGCAGUGACCAGUCCGGGGAUUUGGGAUCUCUCAGGAAGGAGCUUUUGCAGGCCGAGCAAGCCCGCUUAGAUUUGGAAUCCGAUAAAGUGACGCUCAAUGAAAAGAUCAAGUUUCUGGAGAUUGAGAAAGAAAAAGUGGAGAUCGAACUCGGUCAGGUGACGAGGGAAAGGGGAGACUUGUCGAAUCAGUUGUCGGUUCUGGCACGGAAGAAGGAGUCGCUGAAUGAGGAGCUCAUGAGGAUCAGACAGAGGCUUGAGCAGGCGAAUGAGAUGAACGCUAGACUGAAUAGAAAUCUGGAAGAACUGGUGAAAGAUAAUGAGGAGAAACAGGUACUCCUGGAGACGAACGAAAAAGAAUUCCAAAGAAUGCAGGAAUUACUGGCCUCAAUGAGGACUGAGAAGGAAACCCUAGAGGGAGUUCUCUUCGAUACUCAGACUAACCUGGAAACCACUCACGCGAAGAAGGUUCAGCUGGAGAAGGAUCAGCAGGAAUUGUUGGUGAAGCAGGAGAGCUUGAAGGGCCAAAUAACCAGAUUGGUGAAAGACUUGGAAAUCAGCGAGAAAAGAUCGCAGGAGAUCAAGCACAAUUUGACGCAGCAGAGGGGUAACCAGGAGGCAGAGUUCCAGGGAAUAAUCGCCAACUUGAAGAAGAACAGUGAAGACAGCUACAAGAAGCUCAACGAGGAGAAGGAGCAAGUGAGAUUAUCCUUAGAAAAGCGUAUCCAGCAGACUAUAACUUCCAUGGAAUCCCAAAAGGAGGAGGAAGUAAACCAACUGCAAAUUAGAAUCGAGGAACUGCAACAGCACAUCGAUAAUCUGUGUCAACAACACGAGGAGGCUCUCUUACGAGCCGAGAACGACAAGCAGCAGUCUCUCCUGAUUGCCCACCACGACCAGCAAGCCUUGAUGGAAAAACUGGAGAAUUUGUACCGGGAACUCGAGGAGGAACGCAGUACUUUGGAGCGCCUACGCCGAGAGGCGAAUUCCCGAGCUGAGCAAGAUCGUAACAACAUCAAUCAACUUCGCGAUGAACUGAACCGACUGCGGACGAAACUUGAAGAGACAAAAUUACAAGACGACGAGGAGAGGAUACGUCUCGAGCUGAAGAUCGAGGACAUCUGGAAGGAGCGAGAGACUGUCCAAAAGGAGUGCGAAGAGCUUCGUGUACAGUUGCACGUGACCGAGGACAAGGUGGAGAGUUUCCAGAAUCAGUUGCAGGAGACAGUUCGAAAGCUGAAGGACGCUGACAACACGAUCGAGGCGCUUCGAAAAGAGCUAGUCGAUGUGAGACGACAACUCACAGACUCCAACUACGCGAUAGAAAAAUACGGAAACACAAACAAGGACUUGAGAGACCACGUGAAGAGGAUUGAAGGUGAGAAACGAGAGCAGGGAAGGAGUCUGGAGGAGGCGUACCAGAAGAUAGCAUCGAUGGAGGAUACGAAGACGAACCUGGAGGCGGAUAAAAAUCGCGUGCAGUCCCAGCUGCGAGACAUGGAGCAUGAGUUGAUUCAGAUUCAACAGCAGCUCCGUUUCACCCAAGACGAGCUGCAGAAGAGUCAGUCAGCGAAUUCUCAGGCGCAGACUGAGGAGCGUGAGCUACAGGCGAGGCUUGCUAAUGAGACCGAGGAGCGCGAGAGGCUUCAGCUCCAACUCCAUCAGCUGAAAAAGCAAGUGGUGGAUUUGGACAAUAGUCUGGAGAUGACGAGAACAGAGUUGGGAAGGCUGAGGGCACGAGCCGACGAGGAGGACGAGAGAUGGAGGGGAAGGGAACAGGAGUUGUUGAUGAGACUGGAGGACAGCCGUUGCAGGGAGCGAAAGCUUGAGGAUCAGAAGCACAACCUGGAGGUGUGCUUGGCAGAUGCCUCGCAGCAAUUGCAGGAGUUGAAAGCCCGGCUGGGAGGCUCAGAGGGAAGGGUACGAGCAUUGGACGGCCAGCUGACCCAGCUGGAGGCUGCCAAGAAGGAGGUGGAGCAGAAGCUUAGUAGUGUGGGUUCAACGUUGAGGAGAAUUGCUGGCAUACAGCUUGAUGGAACUGUCAACAUGCCAUUCAAGCUAAUGAGUCCGUCGCGCAGGUGGAGUCCAGUCCGUUCCUCCCAUUUGGAUCACGAGGGCAAGUGCGAUGUGAUUCUGGAUGUCGACCCUGAGGCUGUCAGGAAGGGAGUGAGAGCUCUGAUGCAACAGGUCGCGCAGAUUGAGCGAGAGCGCGACGACUGCAGGAUCGAGCUGAGCAGUGUGAAGAAACAGUUGGCAGAGGCCAGUGAUCAUCAGAACAAGAGUGACUCUAAGCUCACAAGUAUCAGUGCAUCGCUGAGAGCACUGCAGGAUGAGAAAGCAGCACUUGAGACUAAAUUAUCACAGAGACAAACGGCUUAUCAAGCGCAACACGAGGCUCUCCACUGUAAGAGUCACGAGGUGGAGGGACUGCGGGAAAAAGUGACGUCCCUUGAGCUCGCGGUGAGCAGCGAGUCCGACGAGAAGAUCCAGUACGAGGAGAAGCUCGAGAAGAUGAAGCAAGCGCUGAAUAGACUGGAGAACGAGAAACGGGGGCUGCAGGAGGACUUGGGGAGAUCUGAAGCUCGUGCGACAAAACUUGAGCUUCAACGAAUGUCUCUAGAGGGUGAUCUCCAGCGUCUGCAGAUGGUCCUCCAGGAGAAGGACGGCAAUCUCCAGAAACUGCAGGAUCGCCUCGACGUCCAGCUACGAACGUCCACGGGUCUGGAGGAGCGUUGUGCCUCUCUCAAAUCCACGAUUGAGCAGUUGAACUUGGCUCUGGAGAGGGCGGCUGCUGCCGAGACUGAAUUGAAGAAUGAGAUCGGGAUGCUGAGGCGUUCCAGCAUGGAGCACAAUGCGAUCAAUCAUAGCAAUAAUGAGAAGCUCAAGCAGUUGCAGAAACAGUUGGCGACGGCUGAAAAUGAGAGGCGGGUGAUUUCAGAGCGCUUGGACGGUGCGCAGCAAACGGUGAUGGAGCUCAAGCACACCAAUCAAUCGCUGGUGGAUCAGAACUCGAGACUGCAGAGUGAUCUCGCUAACUGCGAGGUUCAACGCUCGGGGCUUGAGGCCCAGUUGCGGCUGGCAAGCUGGCCCCAGGAGGGGACAUCCAAUAAAGAUGAGGAAGUGGUGAGACAGCUGCAGGUUGCCCAGCGGGACAGAAGUGAGAUGCGAGGCAAGGUUGAUGCUCUGAAUGACAAAGUUCGACUUCUGGAGGCGGACAAGAGGAAUCUCGAGAGACAGCUGCAGUCGGUGAAGGCGAGUAGUGGGCGCAGCAAGAGCUACGAACGUCCAGAGAAGGCCCAUAUGGAGCUCGCUGGCUCCAACAUCAGCGUGGAGAUUCUUGAACAAGAGAAUCGCGAGCUCCGGAUGAAGAUCAGGCGGCUUGAGUCGUUACUCGCGGAGAAAGAGGCCGAGGUCAUCAAGUGCAAGACUUUACACUCGCACUCGCACUCCACUCUGGACUCCGGGAGAGACAGAAUGGCAGAGAUCGAGAGGCUGAGGGCCGCCCAACUACAAGCGGAGAAGCUCCUGGAGGCCAGGGAACAGAGCCAUCGACAGCAGGUCUGCAGGCUUGAAAGUCAGAUUCAACUGCUGAGAGAGCAGUUGAAUCAGGAGAUCAAACGGCGACAGCUUUAUGUCCUCAGGAGCUCCCGGGCUGGUAGAGAGAUGCAACACUUGAGGCAAGCUCUUGGAGAUUCUCUCAGGACUGUUGCUCAAGAUCCCUCUUUGGAUGCUAUUCUGCUUGAGCAUGAAGCCAGAAAACUCGAUACUACUGUCACCAGUACCACUAGUCUGCCACCAUCUUUGGCACUGCCACCUCCACCGUCUUCUUAUGAUCGCAGGUCUCCUCUUCCUUAAAUUAUGUGCCCUUUGGAAGGGGAGAAUUUACGCGAGAACGUUUCACAUGGAAAAUCUAGCAAUUGACGUUGACAAUAUUUGACCAAGUUCUACUAAAAUGUCUUGUGAAAAAUGUUUUGAGAAACAAGUCAAUGAAAUUAGGCUUUUUAAAUUCAUCUGUUGAGAUAUUGUUUACCGAUUUUUCACCAAUCAUUGAAUUAUCAGUAUCAAAGGUAUCCAAGUAUUUGUUUUUAAUGUAGGAUAGAAUUAUAUUUAUCCUAAUAUGUUUCAUUUAUUUAUUACAACUCCGUUUUUUAUAGGAUCGAAAAUUGACUAGGUGAUUUGCUAGAAUUUUCAAUUAUUUAUGGUGUUCAGUACUUUAUCGACCUUUUAUAAUUUGAGAA